UGUAGUACCACUUCAACUGCAACAGCAGGUCUAGCUGCCAAACCAAAAUUGCCAUCUGAAAUCACUGGAAAAUCUGUCGAGGAGAUCAUCAAGGAGUGGAAUACAGAGUUACAGGAACGUACGCGCAAGUUUCAGAAGCAGGCUAUGCAAUUGCUGAGUGGGAUAAAAGGAUCUUGCAGAAUCGUGACAUCCUCUUAGGCUUGAGACUGAAGUUGCAAAAGUCGUUGAGACACAAGCUAACUUAGAGCGACACUUGGAGCUGAUUGAGACUCAUCAAGAAGAGGUUGACAAAUCGUUGCUAAGUAUGGAAGAAGAAGCUGAGCGGAUAUACAAAGAUGAGCGUGCAUUGCUUCUUGAUGAUGAAGCUGCAUCUACAAGAGAUGCAAUGUACGAGCAAGCUGAGUUUAUAGAGAGGGAAUUGGAACAGAUGACGGAACAGAUCAAAGGAAUUAUUACUACUCUCAAUAGAAGCCAGGGUGGGGAACUGGAGGCGACUGAUGGAAUGUCUCCAUUGGAUGUCGUCGUUCGUAUUUUAAACAAUCAACUUAGUUCCUUGAUGUGGAUUGAUGAAAAGGCUGAAGAAUUCUCUUCGCGCAUUCAGAAGAUUGCUAGCCAAGGUCCUGCAGUGGAUCGGCAAAUGAUGGGCCCUAAGCAUUGGUUGACCUAGUGAGAGAAGCUCGUCACAGUUCUCAGAUAUGUGCGAUAUAUAACCUGGAGGAAUAAGCGGACUGCAUGCACACUAGUGCUGUUCUCUUAACUAGGAGACCUUGUGAUUAGUUUAUUUAGUACCUCUUUUGAAGUUCAGUCUUGUCUUUGAUAGGAACAAUUAACUUCUUAAGGCGUACCAAGAUUCAGGAGAUGUAUAGUUUCUGUGCUCUUGUAGCAUAAAUUGGCUUGGAAUAUGUAUUCUGCGGUGAUAUCAUUGACGAACAUUUUUUAGCCAAUUCAUGUCCUUAA